CGCGCCAACUCCUGGGGCUGGUUUGCGCCCCACGGCCGCGACCCGACCACUGGACGCCCCAAGGUGCGAAAACGGUCGGUUUUUGCGCGUAAUUUGGGCGCAAAAAGCGAUUGUUUACAUGGUACUAGUUUUCGGUUGCGCACCCAAACAACAGUUAACGAGGUUGGUUUAGUGCCACGAAAUGGCGCUCUCAGUCGAUUUGAGAGCGUCGUAGAGAGAGGUCGUUGCGAAUUGUUGUCACUCGUGUGGUGGUGGUUUAUUUACAAACAAAGCAAAGUUGCAUCGCUGAAGUGAGUGGUGCUGGGUGUUGGAUGCCCGAGAUGCCUUCCGCCGAUAUGCGCACCGCCGUGGGCACGAUGAACCCGGUGCGGGGCCCGGAGUUCAACAUCAGCUCGAAGGACGUGGAGGGCCUGGUGCUGGAGAUCAAGGAGAACCUGCGGCUGUCGGCGACGACGAUGACGAUGAAGGCGCUGCCCUGCAGCCACCUGUCGCGGAAGUCGUCGCGAGCGUCGCCGUACCGCCUCCCGGGGAAGGAGUGCUGCGCGGGCCCCGCGGCCUGCGAGCAGUGCCUGCGGAGGAGCAAGCGGCGGCUGCACCAGGAGGCGCAGGAGGACCCCUACGAGCUGCUGCAGAAGCUGCUCCGGGACGGCAGUCUGGUGAACGAGGCGGUCCGCAGGGUGCAGCUGGGGCUCACCCCCAAGCAGCGGUACUUCUACGAGUCCGACGAGGAGAGCAGCCCCGUCCUGCGACUGUACUCCCAGGAGAGCUAAAUUCAUUGAUUUACGUUUAUUUAUUUUGUCCUUAAAUGUUCCUUUGUGAGUGUUGUUUGUGAGAAAUUGCGUCAGCGAGAGUACAGUCCGAGCCAAAGAGACGUAAGAAGCACACAUUUCGUUCGGGGACACGCAGAGACUAGUCCCGUUUUCCGUUUUUGUCUCUUAGUAUUAUACGCUUAAGAGAGAAUCUGAAUUUUUUACAAAAUGCUGUAUUACGCUUAAUUACCGGACAUUAGGUAGUGUUAAUUAGUUUCGAACUCUUAUCUGUUACUCCAUAUCUGUGAUUGUAAAAUAACCUCCCUCGUUCUGAAUAUUUAUAUCAAAUUUCGCAAAAGAAGCAUGGGGGAGACGAGGUGUAGUUAAAAUCACAAAUGAAAAUUAUUUUUCGGAUGCGAUUUUAAUUUUAGUAUGUGUAUAAAGUACAGUUCGGAUUUUUAUUCAUACACUGACCUUUAUUUAUAUUGCACAUGCCGUGUUCAUUUCGUUUCAUCAGAACCGCAUUUCAAGUAUUUUUUGUCUUAUCCAAAAAUGCUAGAUUGAACUGAUUCUAUUGCUGUUCUUGUGAUAUAGUUGUUAUGCAUAAAUUCUUAACUCAAAUGGGAAAUUGUGAUUUUUAUAUUCACCCGGUAGAUGCAUUUGAUUUUUUUUGACUGUGUUCUUUACGUUAGUUUACUGGACAACAUGGGUUUAUAAGAAUAGACGACUUAUUUUUUUUUAAUUGUUUUCCACUAAUUGUCAGUUACUAUGUAGUUAUUUAAUUGAAUUGUUUUAUCACAUUUUUCUGGGGCGUUUGUAUCCUAGACAUAUGCGGUAAAAUUAUGUUAUGAUUAUGAAUGUACGUUUUUGUUACAAUCGCAAUAAUUUGUAUUAAAAUAUUUUUUGAUGCCUAUGGCAUUCAUGUAUUAUAAUGUCGAAAAUAAACAUUAUAAUCAA